AAAAUUGACCAGAAAAACUUAUACAGGAAGGAAGUCAACUUUUUUAGAAAUCUCGAAGAGGAAAGAGAUUAAAUAGGACGUUCAUGUGUAGCGAAAGUGCGGCCGAGGUUAGACAGCGGCAUUUCCGCCGUAGCCCUCUUCCACCCCACCGCCUUCACCGAGGCGGAUGAAAACAAACACUAACGAUGGCGGCGCCGGGAAGCGACCGGCUGCUAGGCUUAAGGCAGGAGUGACCGCCUGAGCAGUAAGGCGACGCUCGAGGAGCUCCAGUCGACGUGAGUGCGACAUCUCGCUCAGUCCUGAAAGCGAAAAGCCACGAGCCACCCCUGAGGCGUGAAGUAUCUAUUCGCGACCCGUGCUGUCACUGCAGCCCCGGAGCGCGGAACCCUCAGCUAGGAGGCGCAGCUAGCCGGCCCCAGGCCCCGGCCUCCGUAAUGAGAGCCCCGAGCCACUGUCUGUGUCGCAGCUUCGCAGGUGAGGGUGACUGUUGACUAGUGAAAAAAGGGACCCAAGGUUCACGACUGUCUUCUUACUGGCAGUGGAACGACCUGUGGAAACCUGCGAUCCAUUCUCAUUAAGUAAAUCUCUGGAUUAUCAUAGGCAAUGGAAACUGAUCUCAAUUCCCAGGACAGAAAGGACCUGGACAAGUUCAUUAAAUUUUUUGCCCUCAAGACUGUUCAAGUGAUUGUCCAGGCUCGACUUGGUGAGAAGAUUUGUACUCGUUCAUCUUCAUCCCCAACGGGUUCAGAUUGGUUCAAUUUAGCAAUCAAAGACAUCCCAGAGGUUACACAUGAAGCAAAGAAGGCACUGGCAGGGCAGCUUCCCGCCGUCGGGAGAUCCAUGUGUGUGGAGAUCUCACUCAAGACUUCUGAGGGAGAUUCCAUGGAGCUAGAAAUUUGGUGUCUUGAAAUGAAUGAAAAGUGUGAUAAAGAAAUCAAAGUUUCCUACACAGUGUACAACAGACUGUCAUUGCUGCUGAAGUCUCUCCUUGCUAUAACUAGAGUGACACCAGCUUACAGACUCUCCAGAAAACAAGGGCAUGAAUAUGUCAUAUUGUACAGAAUAUAUUUUGGGGAAGUUCAGCUGAGUGGCUUAGGAGAAGGUUUCCAGACAGUUCGUGUUGGGACAGUGGGUACCCCUGUGGGCACCAUUACUCUUUCUUGUGCCUACAGAAUUAACUUGGCAUUCAUGUCCACCAGGCAAUUUGAGAGGACCCCACCUAUCAUGGGGAUUAUCAUUGAUCACUUUGUGGACCGUCCCUAUCCCAGCUCCUCUACCAUGCACCCCUGCAAUUACAGAACCGCUGGUGAGGACACUGGAGUAACAUAUCCUUCAGUGGAAGAUUCUCAAGAAGUGUGUACCACCUCUUUUUCCACCUCGCCUCCAUCCCAGUGUGUGUUUACUGUCACAAAGGCACAUUUUCAGACCCCUACUCCUGUGGUGACGGAUACCCUGAGGGUCCCUAUGGCUGGACUGGCCUUUUCCCAUCAACUCUCAAGCUCUCGCCUUUCCUAUCAGCCUGCUGCCCUGGGCAUUGGAUCAGCUGACCUGGCUUAUCCAGUAGUGUUUGCUGCUGGCUUAAACACCACACACCCUCACCAGCUAAUGGUUCCUGGGAAGGAAGGUGGGGUACCCCUUGCUCCCAACCAGCCUGCCCACGGUGCCCAGGCUGAUCAGGAGAGAUUGGCAACCUACACCCCUUCUGACGGGGCCCACUGUGCUGCCACACCUUCCAGCAGUGAGGAUACUGAAACUGUGUCAAACAGCAGUGAAGGACGGGCCUCUCCCCAUGACGUCCUGGAGACCAUCUUUGCUCGAAAAGUGGGGGCUUUUGUCAACAAACCCAUCAACCAGGUGACCCUGACCAGUUUGGACAUACCCUUUGCCAUGUUCGCUCCUAAGAAUUUAGAGCUGGAGGAUGCCGACCCCAUGGUGAAUCCUCCAGAUUCCCCAGAGACUGAGUCUCCUCUCCAGGGAAGCCUGCACUCUGAUGGCUCCAGUGGGGGCAGCAGUGGCAAUACCCACGACGACUUCGUUAUGAUUGACUUUAAACCGGCUUUUUCUAAAGAUGACAUUCUUCCGAUGGACUUGGGAACCUUCUAUCGUGAAUUUCAGAACCCCCCACAGCUGAGCAGCCUCUCCAUAGAUGUCGGGGCACAGUCCAUGGCCGAAGACUUGGACUCACUACCAGAGAAGCUGGCUGUGCACGAGAAGAAUGUCCGAGAAUUUGAUGCCUUUGUAGAAACCCUGCAGUAAAAGUUGGUGUCCUCAAGUACCAGCAGCACCCCCAUUUUGCGAUCCUCGGAGACAGCCUCCCACUCAUCAGCUGCUCCCAUCCCUCAUCCUGCUCCAAGCCAGGUGGAGGGGAGGCUGGAUUCCCCCAUGGGGACCCAGAGGUCCCUGUUCUUGCACUUCCUGGAGACUCCAUGGCAGCAGUCAAGCCCAGUAAUAUCAUUUGAGAGGACUCACCCUCUGGCCUUGGAGAUGGGAAGACCCUUUGUAACAAAAGGGCCCUCUGCAGGGCCAUCUGCUUUCACCGCCCAUCAGCAGCUGCUUCACAAAGGCUGUCAUCCUGUUCUCCUGCUGCUGGCCCCCUGCCCUGGGUCUUCCCUACAACUGGCCCCUCGCCUGCCUGCCAUUACCACCAACCAUUUGACAUUCCAGCUGGUGGCCCAGAGUGGUGUGGAGGCAGAAAGAGGAAGGAAACAGUGCUGGGAGGAAGAAUGAAGGCUCUUUGUUGUCUCAUUUAGUUCUAGUAUCUUCCUCUCUCUCCCCCUCUGCCCCUGUGCCUCUACUUUUGGCAAUAUGACAGGCCUCCUGCCUGAGAUGAUGAGAACUCCAAAGUCAACCAUUCCCCCCCUUGAAGGUUGUAUUUGCCCCUCCCUUAACACAGGGUCUGAGCAGCCCUGGUGGCUGCCUGUGCUCAGCUCCUCAGCGACAUGGAAACAGAAUCCUGUGACUAGGAUUAGGAGUCACAGCAAAGGUUCUUCUUUUCCUCUCCCCGCUCCCCCUGUUGCUGCUCCUUGGUUAUAGAACAUGGUAAAUAUUUAUUACUUUCAGAGAAGUCAGAUAUUUUAUAGAGAAAAUAUGUUUGAGUUUAGAUGUUUUCAGUUGGGGAAGGUAGAGUGCCUCUUCUUGGGGCAGGGCCUCCUGUGGGCGUUCCUCAGAUUCUGGGUUGCUGCUCUGGGGAUCUUCCUUCUCAUAUAUAUAAGGUGGGAGCCAAGAAUAAGGCUGGCUGAGGGCAACAGAACCUCCCAGACUCUGCAUUUGAACUGACAACAGGCUUUACCUUGGACACCUACGUAUUCCUGGUGAGAGCCUUGGCUCUUUCACAGCUUCUGCAAAGUGACUGACUUGGUUCUGGCGGCCCAGGAAGCCUUGGGUGCUAACGGUGAUGACUCUCUAGAGUUGCCCAAGGGGCAUUAUGUGUGCCACACUGGUGGGCCUGGGGAAGGCCAGACAGGUUCCCUCCCUCUGGGGCACUUGUUCCUAUUUCUCAGGGCUGGGUUAUGGGCCUUUUCCUCCUUCCACCUGGCCACUGCCUUCCUUCGAUCCCAGGGCCUGUACACUGCCCUGAGGUUUACUCGUUGCAUUGGUUCCUUGUUGAGAAACUAAAGCUGGGCAAAUGAUUGACUUAACCCUUCAGGUGUUGUUAACUUGAGUAAGUCAAGUGCCUAGCCUCACCCACCUAAUAUCUGUCCCUCCCCCAGCCUAACUGGUAGUCCUGACCAUGGAAAAAUGGGCCUGCCCCAUUCUUCCUGGUCCCUCCUAGGUAUUCAUUGGCAGCAGCUGUUCUGUAGAGGAGCAUAUGGCCUUCAAUUGCUUGUUAGUAAAUGCAUGUGACAUUGUUCCCACCUACAAGGCUGAUCUCGGAGGGCUGGAUUGGGCUCCGAUGUCUCAGGCUGAGCCCUGCCCCUAUGCAUGCAUUCUGCUGCCACAGAGAAAUGUUCCCAGCAGUAGUAUCCAAGUGGCCGUCUUAUCUUUGGGCCAGAGCAUACCCAUGGUCUGCUAAACCAAGCCAGAUUUACCCCCAAGGUCCCACCACUGAGAAGGCUGGAGGCCCAUUUUAAGUUAUUGAUUGUCCCCUCGCCCCUCACCCUAAUGUCUCAGCCAUUGCCCUCCUUUGAGGCCAAGCAUGUAAAAGCCUAUUAGCAAUUGUCCUCUUUGACGUCUAAUUGUUGGCCUGUGUAGGCAGCAGCCUUUCUUCAGGACUCCAUCAGUGAGAGGCCAAGGAGGCUGAGCCCUGACUCUGAGCUAAACCUGGGAGGAGCAGAGCAAUUGUCAAGGCCGGCCCUUGCCCCUCAGCCCUGUUUAAUAAGAGAGAUGAGCCCUAGACUGAUUUCUGUAGCACCUUGGGACAGGGCAGGGACCAGUCAUCUGUCUCCAGGUGGCGGAGUCCCUCCCCUCCUCCAGCUUACCUUGUUUGGGAAUAUUGAGUUAUACUUUAAAAUGUAUUCAGGAGAUUUCCAAUAAAAUUUUUUCUGUACUUUACA